AUAACGACUACCCAUCUUAAAACAGGCUCAUCUCGAAGCAGCGGCCUGAAAGCCAUUGAUGCAGCUCGGGGGACUGGUUACCUUCAUAAAGAGCCUAUCGGCAAAGUUGAUGCCAAGGAAGCAGCGACCCCAGCAGCGAAAGCCACCGCCGACUCUGCCCUCAGCGAACACCAACGUCUCUUCUCGCGACCGUCCAAACGGCCAUGGACUGGUUCCCAGCCUCAGGCCGCCGUCAGUCAUGAAUUACCCUUCAAGCGGGGCGCGUUUGCCGCCGUUUCCUGCGAACACGCCAAGGACCUCCCACGCAUCCGCGCAGGCCAGCCUCAACUGGCGUAGCCAUCCCACGCAACAACCUCAGCACCAAGCCGCCCGGCAGCCUGGAAUCCCCGGGCUGACACUCCUCGAGCCCAUGGCGCAUGGACAGCGGCCCCCGGGCCCCCCCAGCGGUCCAGCCGUGUAUGAGCUACCCAAGAGCCUCAUCAAGCGCAAACCCAAGGCGGCGAACCACGCCGGCACGACGAGCCCAAAUUCUGCCGCCGCUCAAGCCAGCAACACCGGUCAGGACGAUUCGCGCGACCCUCGUGUCGCGCCCAGCCUUUCUUCUGGCGGCAUCCCCGACCCAACGCCACUCUACCUCGCGCAGGCCCUCGGCCCGCAUUCGACCCUGCCUAUGCCGCGACGCAUCCUCGUCAUCCUCGAUCUCAACGGCACGCUACUCCACCGCCCGAUGCGCCGCCAACCCACCAAGUUCGUAGAGCGGCCCCACGCCCGAACCUUUCUCGCCUACUGUCUCGACACCUUCUACCUCGCCGUCUGGUCCUCGGCACGCCCACAAAACGUCGCCCGCAUGCUGGACCAGCUUCUCACUAACGAACAGCGCCGCCGCUGCGUCGUCAUUUGGGGCCGUGAUCGCUUCGGCCUCUCCGCCAGCGACUACAACACCCGCGUUCAGUGCUACAAGCGCCUCACUACCCUGUGGGACGACGCAAAGGUGCAGGCGUCACAUCCGCUUGCCGCAACGGGAGGACGCUGGGACCAAUCUAACACCGUCCUCGUCGAUGACUCUCUCGAAAAAGGCCGCAGCGAGCCCCAUAACAUCCUCACAAUCCCCGAGUUCACUGGAAUCCAGAGUGAUCGGGUCGAUGUCCUCCCGCAGGUCCACGACUAUCUCAACCUGCUCAGCUUCCAGGCAGACAUCAGUCGGUACAUGCGCGAGACUCCCUUCAAUCUGGACCCGAACUACCAACUCCCGUCUUCGCCAACUGACGAGGCCGGACUCGAAAUGACCUAGUCUCUGUUUCUGCCAUUCUUGACUACGGGCCGCUUUGGCUCGGCCAUUUACACUUUUUUCAUGAUACCCAGUCUAGUCACAACGCGAGCAUUCUCGAUUCGCCGAGUUCGGUUCCCGUAUAGCUCAGGUGCUGGCUCGUCAGGCCGGCGACGUCUUGGUAUACCUCAGGUACAAAGCCAUUCAUCACCGUCGCCGGAAAGAUCAUGCAUGAGGUCCCGUGAACAGUUGAGCAACGUUGACAAAGUAAAUUAAUUUUCAUCUGACGACCUAGCCCUUACUUGAAGACCUUGCCGCAAGCGUGGGCGUACUCCUUGCCCUUGACAACGACAGGCUUCUCCCACGACCACAUGUUCUCGAGG